AACCCGGAUUCGCAAACGGUAGAGCUAGACCGGGAGUUCCUCGAUACUGUCAUCGUCCAUGGCCGCGAGUACCAGAAAUACUCGAUUGACAACCGCAUAUAUUUCGUCCCAAUCGAUGAGGAGGAGGCGCAGCGUCUCGACCACCAGCAACGAGUUUUUCAAAGGAUUUUUGAUGACCGACUGAUCUUCCCACCCAUUCAUCGGCUGCGACGGGUACUGGACUGUGGCCAUGGGGCCGCAUCGUGGGCGAUAGAGGUUGCUGAGCAGCAUCCGAGUUGCGAGGUCAUUGGCGUAGAUAUUGCCCCGCACAUGAGCCCAGACGAUGUGCCUAAUAAUUUGUGGCUCCAGGUCGAUGACUUGAACCGACGGUUCACAUUCCCAGCAAACCACUUCGACCUCGUUCAUUCUCGACUCCUUGCGACCGGUAUUCACCGUUCACGAUGGCCAUCAUACAUCCGCGACAUCGUCAGGGUGCUGAGACCAGGAGGAUGGGUCCAAAUGACUGAAAUAUACUUCAAUGUGCAAUCGGACAACGGUUCCAUCACUGAUCAACAUGCUUUGCGAAGAUGGAGCACUCAAUACAUGCGUGCAUUAGAGGACCGGAAAGACCUUCGAAUCGGAUCCAGGCUACGCAACUUUUUCGAUGAAGCAGGGUUGGUGGAGGUUGACACGAAGAUGAUCCCUCUCCCUCUGUCGGCAUGGUCAAGUGAUCCCAGGAUGCGGGAUAUCGGCCGAUAUAACAGUGGAAAUAUCCAACAACUCCUGCGGUCGUUGGCAUUAUACCCUCUCACCCAGCGUUUGCACAUGUCGACAGAAAGCUUUGACAGAUUGGUGGAGCAAGCGCGGGAUGAGGCCAGGAAUCACUCGCUGAAGGCAUACUUCCCACUGUAG